AACCGGAUUUCCUACUACCACCAUUCAAACCCUCGCCCCAUUCCUCCCCUCUCGCUAUCCGCUCUCUGCCAGUGUCUACCGAAGUUUUUCGAUUUCGAAACCCUAACAACGAAUCUCUCUCGAGCUUCCGUUCGAUUCAAUCUCCUAUCUCAACUCUCUUUCACCUUUUCAUCCCUCAAUCUCCAAACGAUCCUCUCUCAUUGACCGUCCGAUGGCUGAAGGCAAGCUUGAUCUUCCCGACGAUCUUCUCUCCUCCAAGCCCUCUGAUCAUUCUUGGACCUCUAAAGUGGACGCCUCUGGAGGGAAUGGUGAAGACAAGAUGAUCGGUUAUGAUUCCAAAGAUCAAGCAGCUUUGGACAACAGCAUUCCCUUGUCUCCUCAGUGGCUUUAUUCUAAACCAGGCGAUAGUAAGAUGGAAAUGCGGGCACCAAGUUCUCUCUCCCUUGGGAGCUCUGCUGAUUCGGGUGUGAAGGAGGCUUGGCGUGCGGAGGGAUCUGAUGACAAGAAAGAUUGGAGGAAGUCUGGAAGUGAGACAGAAAGCGGGCGUCGCUGGCGUGAAGAAGAAAGAGAAACAGGAUUACUUGGCAGCAGAAGAGAGCGCAGGAAAACCGAUCGCCGUGCUGAUGUGGCGUCUGAUAACAGAGCUCCUUCCUCUGACAAGUGGCUUGAUGUUGGUAACCGUAAUUCUGGGAACGAGGCAAGGCGUGAUAGCAAAUGGUCAUCCAGAUGGGGCCCGGAUGAGAAAGAAAAGGAGAAGAGGACAACAGAUGCAGAGAAGGAAGAUGAGUCUCACUCUCAAGGAAAUGCAGGCAACAACACUAGAGUGGUCUCUGAGCGUGAUCCUGAAUCACGUGAUAAAUGGAGGCCACGGCAUAGAAUAAUGGAGGCAACUUCUGGUGCCUUUCGUGCUGCACCUGGAUUUGGGGUUGAGAAAGGAAGGGUUGAGGGAUCAAACUCAAACCCAAACAUGGGGUUUACUGUUGGACGUGGCAGAUCUAGUGCUACUACUGUUGCUGUAAGGCCUUCAUCUCCAGGUUCCAUUGAGGGUGUGCCCGGAAAGCCUCCUGGGGCUGGGGAUAUGUUUUUCUACCCAAGAGGAAAGCUUCUUGAUAUAUACCGUACACAGAGACUUGACCCUUCUUUUGGUAACUUGCCUGAAAAGAUUCAGGAAGUACCUUCUAUUACUCAAGUAGCUGCACUGAAACCUCUUGCUUUUGUUGCUCCUGAUGCAGAAGAGGAGUCCAUCCUUGGUGAUAUAUCAAAGGGAAAACUCACUGGUAGUGAGUUGGUGGCCAGUAGGCCGAGAGUUAUCGGGUCAUCUGAGAACAUUACAGUUGUCUUGGAUUCAACAUCCACCGAUGGGAAAGAUGGUACUUUACUCUCGGGAGACAAUAUGAUUGACCAAAAUCAAAAUGCUUCUCGCUUUGAUAGUCAAAGAUUUAAAACAAGAGAGGGGCAAGAUGCUAAUUGGGAUCAAGAGCAAGGAAUCCCUCAGAUGGAAUCAUAUGCACUGCAAACAAGGUCAAACAGCAGUACUAUUGACCACUGUCAUGAUAAAGCUUCAAAUUUUGACGGCGUAGAUGUCCAGCCAUCUUCAUUUGAUAUCAAUUCAAAUCUUGUUGAUGAAUCGAACUCUGUAUUUGUUAAUCCAUCUUCUGAGCAAUAUUGGACAAGAAAUAUGCAGGAUAAUACAAGUGAACAGUUAACAAGUGGCAUCAUGCCUGAGGAGUUAAGUCUUUACUAUCGUGAUCCUCAAGGGGAGAUCCAGGGACCAUUUCUUGGGGUAGACAUCAUCUCAUGGUUUGAGCAAGGAUUUUUCGGGGCAGAUUUGCCAGUUCGAGUGGCAGAUGCACCAGAUGAAGCUCCUUUCAUGGAGUUAGGUCAUGUUAUGCCACACUUGAUUCCCAGGCAUGAUUACACCACCAGCAAUGAUCCAAGUCCCAACUUGGACAAGUUGUCUGAUGGUUUCCAAGGGAACCUGGAUGCUAAUGUCGUCUCUGUACCUGUGCCUGGUUCUGAAAUGGGCUUUUUGUCCGCCUCAGAUAAUCCACAUUGGCAAUUGCCUGAGUUCAAUGGUUUGUCAGGAAAGCAUGCUCAAGUCAGAAUACCUGAGCAUGAAGGCUCUUUGCAGCAUUUAUACUCCGAGGGUCAAAGCUUCCAUGAUGAAGAAAUUGUUUUCCCAGGAAGACCUGGCAGCAGCGAGUCUGCAUCAAAGUUUAUGAACAACCACACUGCUCCAUCUGAUUUAAUCGAACCUGGCAUACAGAGUAGUAGCGAGAAUAAAAUGCACCCUUUUGGAUUGUUAUGGUCUGAGCUAGAAGGGUCGAGUUUGAGAAAUGAUCAGUCAUCUAAGACAAACUUGGCUGGUGGUAUCCAGCAGCAAUUUGUGAAUUUACCAAGUCAGAGGGCCUCUUCUUUCAACACAAUCCCUGAUGCUGAUGAAUGGUCAGAUAUUUAUAGAAGAAAUGCCAUGGAUCAACAGGCCAAUGACUUUGAUUUAUCGGAGAAACUUAGGUCUCACCAAAUUCAACAACAGCUGCUCCAACAGCAUAAUCUGCUCAACUCUCAACAUCACUUGAAUGAAUCAAUGCUGGACCAUGUUCCUAUAAACCCAAAACAGUUGGCCGGACAAACUGGGCAAGGUCUUGAUCACCUAAUGGCACUACAGUUGCAGCAGCAGAGGCGGAUCGAGCUUCAUCGGCAGCAUCAGUUACAGUCGCAUCAGUUGAAUCAACAGCAAAUGCUGCUCAAGGAACAGCAAUCACGACAGUUGCUUCUUGAACAGUUGGCCCAAAAUCAGAUGCGUGCAGCACAAGCACAAUCACGUGCGGAUGCUGCAAGAUCAAAUAAUGCACUCGAUCAGAUUCUUCUCAAGCAUCAGAUCUUGAAUGAACUUCACCAGCGUUCACAACAUGUCGAUCCAUCAUCGAUAGAGCAUCUGAUUCAAGCAAAGUAUGGUCGUCAAGGGCAAGGGCAUCCAAACGAGCUGUUGGAGCUCAUUGCACAUGCGAAGCACGGCCAGAUGGAACAUCACAUGCUUCAGCAGGAGCAGUUUCAGGGAAGGCAGCAGCUGCCUUUGCCUUUGCCUUUGGGUUUAAGGCAGAGGAUGGAGAUGGAAGAAGAGAGGCGUCUUGGCUCUGUCUGGCCUGGGCCUGUUGAUGAAACCACUCAGUUUCUAAGAAGUGCUGGUGGGAUUCACCGAGUCAAUUCCAGUGGUCUGAGUCCUUUAGAUGUUUAUCAGCAACAACAGAGACUGCCUUCAGAGGAGUUGAGUCAUUUUGAGCGGAAUCUUUCAAUGCAAGAGAGACUUCAGCAGAGUGUUUAUGAACGCUCGUUACGUAUGCCAGGUGGCGGGCCUGCAAUGAACCUUGAUGUUAAUUCCAUGGGUCGAGUUAAUCAGAAUAUGCAGGAGUUCAAUUCUCCGUUGCACCACGGUGGUGUUGCUAAUCAGCAUCCCUUAGCCUCGAACCGCUUCCAUCCCUCUCAAAUGGGUGUGGGUGCAGAGGGACCCUGGUCUGAAAGCAAUAAUGGGAUUGGGCAUGGGCAAGGGCAAGGGCAAAUGCCAAACGAGUGGAUGGAGUCGAGGAUUCAACAACAGCAGCCGCAUACUGAUAAUGGAAGGCAGAAGGAAGUGAGAAGGAUUUCUGAAGAUCCGAGUGUUUGGAUGUCUGCUGGAAGCAAUGAUGAUCCUUCAAAGAGGUUGCUUAUGGAACUGCUUCAACAGAGCCAGAACCCCCCAGAGAUUCAAUCAUCUUCUACUGAAGAAGCAUUAGCAUUGGAUGUGAGUAAUAAUAAUAAUAUGGUACGAUUCGAGAAUAGGGAUUAUUUAAGGACCAACUCCAAUCGUUCCAUGAAUCAAGAAGUUGGGCUUAAUCACCCCUCAUUUGCUGGUGCAUCUUAUGGCUCUAACUCAUCACAAGGACUGCUGGUGGAUGAGACAAUAAUUGGUUUGCAUACUACUAGAUCUAGUUCAGGAACAAUGGCAAGUCCAUUCUUUUCUGACAUUAAUGAAUCCUCUGACAACAUGGCGGCCAUAGAACGAGGCUUUUUUGAUAUGGAAGGAAACAGAAGAUUUCUUAAAAGCGAAGGUAGUAAGGGUGUAGCUUCAGAAACCGAAGAAGGAAUAAUAUUUCAGCAGGGUGACCAUGGGGAAAUGCCAAAUAAUGUUGGAAGGCACACUAGUGCUGCUGCUGUCUUUGCAGGUCAAGGUGGGAAUAAAAACUUGUACAAUGAGAAGAUUUCAGGAGAGGCUAAAGACAGCAGCAGGGGGAUGGUGCCUGCAUCAAAGAGGUCUACUCCUGAUAAUAUUUUGGUGGGACGUGCAUCAUCAUCAUCAUUAUCAUCCCAUGAAGGGUUAUGCGAGGUGGCAUCUAGAGGAAGAGAUGGCCAUAGCCUUGAUGAAGGAGGUGGAGGUGGAAGAGAAAACAUGUUAAUGGGUGGAAAGAUUAAGAAAGAGGAGGGUCGAUUCAGGAGAACAUCAUCAUCAUCAUCAUUAUCAUUAUCACUAUCACUGAGCGAUGCUGGUGAUGUGUCAGAGACGGCUUCUUUCAGUGAUAUGCUUAAAAGCAAUCAUAACAAUACUAGUAAUAAUAAUAAGAAGCCGCCCUUGGCAGCAGCAGAUCCAGCAGCAGAGGCUACAGCAGAGGGACACAAUAGCAAAACUGGUGGUGCUGGUGGGAAAAAGAAAGGCAAAAAGGGGAGGCAGAUCGACCCGGCUCUGCUUGGGUUUAAGGUCCACUAUAGAGCAUAUGAGGUGAUUGACCACAUCAUCGUGCCCAUGCCACCCGUUGAGGCUGCUGCAACUACCACUGCCUCCGCCAAAGAAUCAUGGUCCCGCCUCAACACCAUCGUUCUUUAA